AUGACUCUUGACUCCAUGAUGGCUUGUUGCCUGAGUGAAGAGGCGAAGGAGUCCAAACGGAUCAACUCGGAGAUCGAGAAGCAACUUCGGCGGGACAAACGGGAUGCCAGGAGGGAGCUUAAGCUGCUUCUGCUAGGUACUGGCGAAAGCGGCAAGAGCACUUUUAUCAAGCAGAUGCGCAUCAUCCACGGGUCAGGCUACACCGAUGAGGACAAGAAGGGCUUCACAAAACUAGUCUAUCAGAACAUCUUCACGUCCAUGCAGUCAAUGAUCCGUGCCACAGAGACCCUAAAGAUACCAUACAAGUUUGAACAGAACAAAAACAAUGCGCAGCUGGUGCGCGAGGUGGACGUGGAGAUGGUGACGUCAUUUGAUCAGCCGUACAUCGGCGCAAUCAAGAUGCUUUGGGCUGACCCUGGCAUCCAGGAGGCCUACGACCGCAGGAGAGAGUAUCAGCUCUCAGACUCCACUAAAUACUAUCUUAGCGAUCUGGAUCGUAUCGCUGAAUCUUCCUAUCUACCCACCCAACAGGAUGUGCUUAGGGUUCGAAUCCCAACCACUGGGAUCAUAGAAUACCCUUUCGACUUGCAAAGCAUCAUUUUCAGGAUGGUGGAUGUUGGUGGCCAGCGGUCGGAGAGGAGAAAGUGGAUCCAUUGCUUCGAGAACGUCACCUCUAUCAUGUUUCUGGUGGCGCUCAGCGAGUACGACCAGGUGCUGGUAGAGUCUGACAAUGAGAACCGCAUGGAGGAGAGCAAAGCGCUGUUCAGGACCAUUAUCACAUAUCCUUGGUUUCAAAAUUCCUCCGUCAUCCUCUUUCUGAACAAGCGGGAUCUGCUAGAGGAGAAGAUCAUGUACUCUCACUUGGUGGACUACUUCCCAGAGUUUGACGGCCCUCAGCGCGAUCCGCUGGCCGGCCGCGAAUUCAUCCUGAAGAUGUUUGUGGACUUGAACCCAGACAGUGACAAGAUUAUCUACUCGCACUUCACUUGCGCAACUGACACAGAGAACAUCCGCUUUGUCUUUGCUGCUGUCAAAGACACCAUUCUACAGCUCAACCUCAAAGAGUACAACCUGGUGUGA